AUGGUCAAAGUUUGCAUUUUACAGGUGUGUUGUCGUAAAUUUGAGCAGUGUUUUUCGCCGCAUGUUACCUGUUGCAAUCAAAAGUAUGUCAAGAAAGACAAGGCGAGCUGCGGGUGUCAAGCAGCUCUCGGUGAAGCCUGUCGCAGUGUCUGUACAGAAGUAGGCCGAACAAAAGUGGCCAGUGUGUUCCUGAAUACUGCGGCGGCGGCUCUCAUGCUGGCUUGGCCAUUCGAAGAAGGCUAUUCAGAACGUAGUGAUCGAUUAGCUAAGCUGGCGAAGGAGGAAGUAGGCAAGUUCUCACCGGACACACGAAAUGAAAUCUGCCUCUUAUCUACACAGCUGUGCUCACUCAUCAAAUGCUCCAAACCGCCUCCGAUGCUGUGGUGCACCAACGAAUCCAAACAAUCCGAGUGUUGUCCGCUUGCGUCGAGUUGUAGUUGCAAGUGUGAUAUCAAAUUACAGUAG